AUGCUGGUCCUCACCAUCUACGUGGCCACCUUGAGCGUGGGCCUCCCGGCCAACCUCUUCGCCUUGGUCACCAUCCUGGGCAAGGUGCGCCGGGGCCUGGUGCCGGCCGACGUCCUCCUGCUCAACCUGACGGCCGCCGACCUCCUCCUGCUGCUCUUCCUGCCCUUCAAGGUGGCUGAGGCGGCCACGGGGGACAUGACGUGGCCCCUGCCCACCGCCCUGUGCCCCAUCGCCAACUUCUGCUUCUACUCCAGCAUCCAGUUAAGCAGCCUCUUCUUGGCGGCCCUCAGCGUCGAGCGCUACCUCGGUGUUGCCUUCCCGCUCCGCUCCAAGCGCUGGCGCCGCCCGGGCGUCUACGUGGCCGCCAGUUGUGUCCUCUGGCUCCUGGCCACCUCCCACUGCUCUGUGGUCUUCGUUGCCGCCUUCCACGAUGCCACCAAUGAGUCUGUGGAAGCUGACGAAGGGUCUGGGGUGGAGCCGCACGGGCACGGGGAGGUCAAGGCAGUUGGGGUAGCCGCUCCUGAGGUCUUGGAGGUCAAUGGGUUUGAGGUGGCCCAAGCUGAGGUCUUCAUGGCUGAUGGGGUUGAGAUGGUCAGUCCCAAGGUCUUCAAGGCCAAUCGGGGUCAGGUGAGGAAUCCCAAGGUCUUCAAGGCCAAUAGGGUUGAGGUGGCCCAUCCUGAGGUCUUCACGGGCACUGGGGUCCAUCCUAAGGUCCUCAAGGCAAAUGGGGCUCAGAUGACCCAUCCUAAAAUCUCUGUGGGUGAUGGGGACCAUUCAGAGGGCUUGGAGGCUAAUGGGAUUGAGAUGGUCAAUCCAGAGGUCUUGGAGGCCAAUGGGGUCGAGAUGGCCCAUCCUGAGGUCUUGGGGGCCAAUAGGGUUGAGGUGGCCCAUCCUAAGGUCUUGGCAGCCAAUGGGGUUGAGGUGGCCUAUCCUGAGGUCUUGGCGGCCAAUGGGGUUAAGGUGGCCCAUCCUGAGGUCUUCAAGGCCAACAGAGCUCAGACGGUCAAACCUGAGGUCUUUGUGGCUAAGGGGGACAAGAUUCCCACCGGGUCCAACCCUGGUGCGUUCAUUGCCCACAAAGCCAAGAGCUCCAACCCCAAAGCCUUCAUGGCCAAUAGAGCCAGAACCUCCAGCCAUGAUGACCACAUGUCCAAAAAAGACAUGACCUCCAUCGCUGACAUCUUCAAGGGCAACAGCUCCAAGACCUCCAAACUCUGUGUCUUUACAUUCAAUGGAGUCAAGAUCUCCAAUCCCAGUGCCCUCAUGACCAACAAAGCCAAGACUUCCAACCCCAACAACUUCAUGGCCAAAAGACCCAAGAUCUCCAACUUCAACAUCUUCACAUCCAAUGGAGCCAAAUUCUCCAAUCCAAAUGUCUUCAAGGCCAACAGAGCCAAGACCUUCAACCCCAACAUCUUCAUAGGCCGAAGGACCAAGACCUCCAACCUUGGCAUCUUCAUGGCCAAUGGAGCUAAGACUUCCAAUCUUGAUAUCUUCACAUCCAAUGGAGUCAAGAUCUCCACCCCCAACAUCUUCAUGGCCCACAAAGCGAAGACCUCCAACCCCAACAUCUUCAUAGCCCGAAGGACCAAGACCUCCAGCCCCAACAUCUCGAAGACCCCCAGCCCCAACAUCUCGACGGCCGCCUCCAAGCAGGGCUUCAAGUGCUAUGAUGACUUCUCCAGGGCACAGCUGCGCUUCGUCUUGCCACUGCGCCUGGAACUCUUCCUCCUCCUCUUCCUCGUGCCCUUCGUGGUCACCAUCUUCUGCUACGUUAACUUCAUCCGGGCCCUCCUGGCCCGUCCCAACACCCCCUUGGAGAAGAAGCAGCGGGCGGUGGGCUUGGCUGUGGCCACCAUGGUCAACUUCAGCGUCUGCUUCGCCCCCUUCAGCGUCUCGCACGUGGUGGGAUUCGUGGAGCAGCAGAGUCCCACCUGGCGCCAUUACGUGCUGGUCCUCACCAGCCUGAACGCCGCCCUGGACCCCUUGGUCUUCUACUUCUCCUCCACUGUGGUGCAGCAGGCGGUGGCCAGGCUGGUGGCCGCCAUGCGGCGCAAACUG